AUGUGGUGGCACCUUCUCAGCCUGCUGUCUGGGUUCCCCUUGCAAGAGGCUUUUCUGACUAACCACAGGGAAACCAUCACUGUGGAGGAAGGCCAGCAGCUCAUCCUAAAGUGUGUCACUUCUCUGAUGAGGAAUGCUUCACUCCAAUGGCUGGCCCCCUCAGGGUUCACCAUUUUUUUCAAUGAGCAUCCUGCUUUACAAAGUUCCAAAUACCAUCUUCUUCAUUACUCGGCUACUCAGCUCACCAUCAGUGUGUCCAGCAUAACCCUGCAAGAUGAAGGCGUGUACAGGUGCUUACAUUACAGCCACUCCGUGAGCACAAAGGAAGUGCGGGUGGUUGUGCUAGCGACUCCUUUCAAGCCAACCAUGGAAGCUUUGGUUGUCAGAGGGCAAAAUGGGAAAAAGCUCGUUGUACUGAAGUGCUCCACCCAGCGAAGCAAGCCCCCUCCUCAAAUAACCUGGUUACUGGGGAGCGGCAUGGAGAUCCACAGUGGAACCCACCAUGAAUUUGAAACUGAUGGGAAGAAAUGCAAUAGCACCAGCACCCUGGUAGUCCACACAUAUGGCAAAAACUCAACAGUGAGCUGUGUUAUCCAACACAAGGGUCUACGGGGAAGGAAGCUGGUUGUGCCCUUCCAGUUUGAAGAUCUUGAUGAUGAUCAAGAAACAGCUUCAGAUGCCACAGACCAAAGCUCUCCCUCCUCUCAACACUCUCAGCUGCCCAGGAGCACCGUCUCAGUGAUGGAAAAUUCCAGUGUAGCAGAGAUUGAAGAGGAAGAGAAAGAACAAACCACUCGAGACCCCGACUUGACCACUAGUAAGUGUGCUCAGUCUAUAGGCCUGACAAGGAGGGGAAGUGGUAUCCUGCUGCUCACGCUGGUGUCCUUCCUCAUUUUCAUCCUCUUCAUCAUAGUCCAGCUCUUCAUAAUGAAGCUACGGAAAGCACAUGUGAUAUGGAAAAAGGAAAAUGAAAUUUCAGAAUACACCCAAGAAAGCUACAGAUCAAGGUCCAAUAAUGAAGAAACAUCUUCCCAAGAGAAAAGUGGUCCAACAUCCCACUCUAAGCGUUGUAUGAACUACAUCACACGGUUCUACUCAGAAGCAAGAACAAAGAGGAAGGAGAAUUUACAGCAUUGGAAGCUGGAAGGCAAGCACGCUGGGAUCCCUGAGAGCAUCGUGUAGCAUUCCCUGCAAUAGAAGACAGGGUUCUGGGGCAGCCCAUCAUCAGGGGAGCAGCCUGUGGAAAGGAGCAGAAGUACUGAGACAUGAAAAAUGUACUUUGAGUGCAAUGCUAGAUGGUGU